UAAGCCGCGGAGUCCUCCUUCUUCGCCGUUGCUGAACACGGAGCCGGAGCUACGCCGCGCUCUACUUCCUCUCCCGGCGCGGUCGACCAUCCCCGAGCACUUCUGCUGCGCCACCACCCUCGCGGAUAUGCAUCAGUGAUCUUCAUUGUCGGCAGAAGGCAUUUUGGAGGAGAGUCGGUGAUCUUCUUCGGCGAUCGAUCACGCUUCGAGGGUAAGAAUCAUUCGCCUCUCUUGUACUAUGCAUAUAGUUUAUUUCUCUCUUGUACACGCACCCUUGACGAGCCGGACCCCGACCGUAAGGGGUCGAUGUGGGUGAGUGAUGGAUCUGAGCUCCGGUAUACGGAGUACUGCAAGAAGUUGGGGGAGAUGCGUGGCACAGAUGUGGACCCUCUCAGUGUUCCCUUUGACCCCGAGGUUGCCGUGCUAGUGGGACAGGGCAAGAGGAAUGGUCGCUUAUGGAUUGGUGACGGUUGCAUCCAUCCCGCGACCGUUCCAUCUAUCCGCCAGCUCCGUCGUGGCAGGACGAGCUCCGAUCCUCAAAUAGAGACCCGCCCCACGCCUUCGAGUGUAGCUAUGCAAAGAAUCCAGGCUCAGGUGGAGGAGCAGAACAAACUGCGAGAGGAGGCAGAGGCAAGAGCCCAGCGAAUGGAGGAGCAGAUGAUGUUGCAGCAGCAACAACUGGCACAACAACAGAAGACGAUGGAGUGGAUGACACAACAAAUGAGCCAGCAGCAGGAACACAUGCGCAUGCUUGCUAUGCAGCCGGGUGGCGUGACUCUUCCUCCUCUUGCUCCUCCUCCUUUCACUUUCCCGUGGGCACCACCUUCGUCUGGCUCCAACAAUAUGCCGCUUGGUGGGUUGGGCAAUCAGGAGGGAACCCCACCGGUGCCUCCUAUGGCGGGUUCACAUGUCUUGAGCAAUCAGAAUGUGGCUAGGAAGCUGUGACUCCAGGAUAUGCAUGAAGGACGCUUAUCUUCGCCGUUGUGGUCUACAUGUGGAGCUUCCCUUGAUGGUCUCUAUGUUAACUUGUGUUAGAAACUAUAUGUUUCGACUCUAUGUUUCUAUGGACUUGUAUUAUGUUGCUUUCGUAUUUGUGUUAUAAACUAUAUGUUGCGAAGGAUUUUGUGUUAUGGACUAUGGAUUAUAUGUAUGUUAUGGACUAUAUGCAUAUUAUGGAGCUU